AUGUUCAAGAGUCGGAGACUUAAGGGAGUAUCCAAUGCCAUCAAAUCGGCGUCCAGUAGCGAUGUUUCUGCUGGCUUGUCGCCGAAAAUGUUUAACAUCAGUGAGGUGAGCCGUUACGGUCUUAAUGGGACGGUGAAAGCGUUUGCGUUCGACCCUGUACAGAGUUUACUAGCUCUUGCCACUGAUAGUGGAGAAAUCCAUGUUUAUGGGAAACAACAGGUGGAAGUUGUUUUCACAUUAGAAACCAAGACAUUUGUCAAGGAGCUGCGAUUUGUGAAGGGAAUCUUUUUGAUUGCAGUGGAUUCCAAAGACUCGGUGCUCGUAUUGUCGCUGCAUUCUAAGAAAGUUAUGGCGGCUUUUUUCGCUCCUGGCAAAAUUUCCUGCAUCGAAACAGACCCUUCAUUGGAGUGGAUGCUGAUCGGUCUCCAAAGCGGUACUACUGUGGUUUACGACAUAGACAAAGACUGCAUAUCUCCAGUACGACUCGAAAAUUUACAAAAAACGAUUUUACCUCAAAACCCUCUGUCUGGAGUUGUAUCGAUACAAUGGAACCCAAGAGAUUAUGGCACGGUUCUUAUAUCGUACAACCUAGUCACAGUGCUGUACUCCAUAGUCGAAAAUAAGAUCAAGCAGCAGUUCAUCUACACAAUUCCACCUUUUGCCCCCGGUGGUGAUCAGAGCGGGAAUCUGGAGACCGAUCGGACCCCAGCAACUAUCCAGUCUAUGUUUCACCCGAACUCUCUACAUGUUUUGACUGUCCAUCGAGACAGUUCUUUGGUUUUCUGGGACGCAAACAGUGGUCAACUGCUGCAAGCAAGAUCCCUGUUUGAGACUGACGUGAAUGUCCCAAGAAGCGUUCUUGAGCCAGCUCAACCACCAGUGUCUCGGAUUCUACAAGUAUCCUGGAUCUGCGCCUCGAAUCCAGAAUACACAUCACUUCUGAUAGCAGGUGGUGCUAUAGGAGAGGGUGAGGAGUGCCACAGCCUAACGAUGAUAGAUUUAGGAGUGACCCCAAAGUAUACAAUCACUUCUUAUGAGAAGAUGGGUGCGUAUUAUGCAUCGCCCGUGCAACAAAAAGUUUUCCCAGUUCCCAAUGAAGCAUCUAUCGUCAAAUUCUUACCACUAGCUAGGGCGUCUUGCUAUUUUUCUGGAAACCACGACCCAGCCAUUAUCUUGGUAUUGCUAGAUGAUGGUGAAAUGGAAACUGUCCUGUAUCCAUCUGGCAAUUUGUCGUACAAGGCAUCGCUAUUUCCACAAAGUAUAUCAUGGAUAAGACCUACAGCGACCAAAUGCGAAGCUACUUCCGUUCCCAAAAAGCUUUGGUUGGGAAUGAUGAGCUCUACGUACAACAAAGAUUUCAUAUUGAAAGGUGGCGCUCCUGUUCGAAAGCCGCUGAGAGUACACGACACACGGUCUGCUUUGGCAACCGGUCAUAAAAAUGGUUCCGUUAGAAUAUGGGACGCUUCUCAUGGAGAACUUGACGAUAGUUCCGUUUUCGACGUCAGUGUUUCUCACGCCCUUAACAAGAGCUAUGGUGUUGGCGUUAACAAUGUGUCUUUUGCGUCCGAGACUGCGGAGCUAGCUGUUUCGACCGAAGGUGGGGACGUUGUUUUGUUCAAAUUCCAGGCCAACCAGUUUUUUGGUAACAAAGAAAAUACCAACGAGACCGAGAUCAAGCUCAAAAGAUUUUCCCUUAACGAAGUCAAAGAGUUACUCGUUGAUAUUUCGGACAGAGCGCCACGUAAGUUAAGGGAAGGCUUCAUGCCUAAUUGCGCCAUUCACGCCAACGCUGGAAGGGUUUUGGCCCUAAAGAAUAGCAAUGUAGGCUUUGUCGCAAUUGCGUACGAAAAUGGACUACUUAUGGUAGUAGACAGAAGAGGCCCCGCAGUUAUUUAUUCGGAAGUCAUCAAAAACAUUACUCAUGACAGAAGCACUGUGACAACUUGCAUCGAUUUUUCAGUGGCAGAAUAUGGUGAUGACAGUUAUUCCAGUAUCUUGAUGACCUGUGGAACUGAUGUAGGCGAGGCAUUGAUUUUUAAAGUUUUGCCUGAAUCGAAUGGUCGUUUCAUGGUGCAACUUAUUGAUGCUGUCAAGACUAUAGACCAGGGUCCCGUUACAGCCAUUGAAAGCAUAUCAAAGGCAACCGGAGCUUCGUGUUCUGCUACGAUUGCAUCGAUGCAGGGGCUUUCAAAGGGUGUGCCAAUACCUGCUUUUACAAUGAUGGCAGGAUAUAACGACAUCCGACUUUUCACGGCAGGGAAGUCCAAGGAUACACACAAAAUUUUCAAAUCUCCGAUUGCGACGGCCGGACUGUGUGUCUUUCGCGUUCCACAAACUGUCAAGAAGGAAGUCACCUCUGCAGCUGCGAUAGUGUGUCUAUUGAGUAAUGGAGAGAUCAAAGUUUUGAACCUACCCGAGCUACGAGAGCUGCAUUCGACUCGUUUGCCAAUGCCAGCUCAAUCCAAGUAUAUCAAGGAAGCAUCGAUUUUGCGGAAUGGUGACAUCGUCGUUCGUGUUGGGAAGUGCGAAGCAAGUCUUCUGACGGUACUGAAGGAAACUGCAGACAAUAUGGAAAAGUUCAAUGCUGAGGCCCUAAUGUCCGCUACAGACACUUUAUACAACUCUGGAUUGCGCAUACCUUGCCGUCCACAAGUCAAUUCCCUGCAGUGGGCACGGGGUUCGAUUUAUGUGAAGCGUGGAGACUUAGACAAGCUAUUUGGCACGGAUCUCAAACCUUACAAAUAUGACGAAAGUAAUAUUGCCAAUGGAACGAUAUCACUUGAUCCGCAAGAAAAUGUCAGCAACACGCAUCAGAUGAAUCCUUCGGAUGCGCUGCACUCUUAUAUUGCCCCAGUAAGACAUACAGCUCGCUCAGAGGCUGUUGGAACAAUGAGAUAUCUUUCAAGAGCGAUGGAGAACGGAAUGGACUCUCUGGAAGGUCGUUUCAACGACUAUGCUACUGCUACUGGUGAGACUAUCAGCGAGGCCCUGGAACAGACUGGAUCGGACAUGGUGAAAGGUGCUUUCAGGUCCAAGAUGGGAUUCUAA